AUGCAACAAGCCAUUUCCGGCAAUGACCCGGAGUGGUCUCCUGUCGAAGUGGAACUCUUGGCUAAGUUCAGGUCCAUCUUCCCGGGCUGGAACCCCCACGAGCCGAAGCUCACAUGGAUCGAUCCGAAGAUCGCAAACAUGGUCGCUCGACAGAUGAAAGUAGACAAUGGAAACGACUGGGAGGUCUUCCUGAUUGACUGGUCAUCAAUAAAGAGUAGGGUGCGCCCUUCUGAAUCCUACAAGAGACCGAAAAUCCAACAGAUGAUGAUGAAGGAUCUCGAUCUUAAACCUGAUCGGGAGAGAUUGGCUGUUAUCAAGGGCGACGACUGGAACGUUUUUUAA